AUGGCUUCACGAGCAUUACUCCAACGGGCCUCUGGCCGUGGAGCUCUGCACAGGAUCCACCGUGUUACUGUUGCUUCGACUGUAUAUUUAUCGAAAAACUUCAGUACUCCCAACAAUAUCGAAAACUCGAGAAACUCUUCCACUUCAGCCAAAAGGACCAAGGAACUGAGCGAAAUGUCCGAAGAAGAAGUUUCAGGAUUGAAAGUCAAAGAGGAUAGAUUGAUGCGGGACUUGCAUGAGACGUGUGAGUGGGGGAAGGGAGAGAGAUGGGGAAGCGCACCCACCGAGACAGGCAUGUCACGCCUCUCCCUAUCAGAUGCCGACAAAAAAGCCCGAGAUUGGUUCGCUCAAACUACAGAGAGCUUGGGAUGUGUUGUCACUACCGACUUCAUGGGUAACCAAUUCGCCAUCCGCCCAGGCACCAAAGACGGUCCUCCCACAGUCGCAGGCAGCCACUUGGACACCCAACCCACAGGCGGACGCUACGAUGGAAUCCUAGGCGUCACCGCUGGUAUAGAGAUGCUGCGAACACUGCACGACAACGACAUCACCACUUCCUUCCCGGUAGGAGUGGUAAACUGGACCAACGAAGAAGGAGCAAGAUUCCCCAUUUCUAUGGUUUCGUCUGGCGUUUGGGCUGGCUGCAUUCCACUCAGUCACGCACACGAUCUCAAGGAAGUUGGCACUGGCACUGCAACUAUGAAAUCAGAGCUUCAACGAAUCGGAUAUCUUGGAGAGGUAGACUGCAACCAUGAAACCGUGCCUCUAGCCGCUCACUUCGAACUCCACAUUGAACAAGGUCCCAUUCUGGAAGCUGAAGAAAGGAAGAUCGGUAUCGUGCAGGGUGUGCAAGCUUACAAAUGGUUCACUGUCAAAGUCAGAGGAGCCGAUUGCCACACUGGCACAACAAGCUUUUCACACCGCGCUGAUGCCAUGUUGGCCGCUGCCAAAAUGAUCGUGUACUCGCAUCGUGCGGCGGCAAAACGAGGUGCAUUGGCCAGUACAGGAAUCUUGCAGCUGAAACCGGGAAGCACGAAUACAGUGCCCGGAAGCGUGGACUUUUCACUGGAUAUACGCAGCCCAGACGACCACAUUGUCGAGGAAGUAGAAAAGGAUUGCAGAGUUGCAUUUGCCGCCCUCGCAGCCGGCGACAACAUCGACGGUCUCAACGAUCACUUUACUCCAUCUUCGAAGUCCUGUGAAGUGAGCUGGAUCCUUGACACCCAUUCCCCAGCCACGAAAUUCCAUCCUGACUGCAUCUCCUGCGUUGAAUCCGCCGCUUCAUCGCUCUUUGGCAACGACACAGAGGCAUUGACAAAGCCAAUGACAUCGGGAGCUGGACACGAUAGCGUAUACACCAGCAAAAGAGUGCCUACGACCAUGAUCUUCGUACCCAGUAGGGAUGGAGUGAGUCAUAAUCCGGUUGAGUAUACGAGACCAGAGGAUUGUGCUAUGGGAGCGCAGGUCUUGAUGCAAGCGGUAUUGAGAUAUGAUAUACGUAGAGCUGAGGGCAAGGUUUGA